GAAGAGGAUAGCUAUAUAACAACGACGGAUCGUCACUCUUUCCCCGUCUUGAUUAACGUUCUUUUCCAUUGCACCUAUCUUCCGCUCCCUCGAAGUCACUGCAAUAAUGAAAUUCUCCGACGUCUCGAUCCUGGCUAUGCUGCCCUCAACUGGCUUGGCAGCCUGUGGUGCUGCUUACUCAAGUAGCAAGGUCGAUGGCACACUACUCCGCGCUAUUGUGCUCGACUUGGGCACAGACGCCGCCAAUGUCACUGCCGCCCAGUACGAUCAGUACUUUGAGCAAGGUAGCGCUCUCGAGGGCGUCAAAGCUCUGAUCGCCGGCGGCCAGUUUUACGUCAACCUGUGGGCCAUUCCAGGUACCGAGGCCACCUUUCAGAACACCAGCCAGUGUGUGAGCGACGGCUACCUGAUUAACCAAGUGCCCUGGUUGUACUACAAUACCACGACCGCGAGCUGGUGGGGUGGUUAUGAGGCUGAGACCGAGGCCAGUAGCUACGACGCAGCUGCCCUUUCUCUCGUCACAAACAUUGUUGCAGGUCUUGAAGUGCGCUUCUGGGAUACCAACGGCGAUGGCUACACUGACCUCAUCGAUGCCGACUACCUCGAGGGUGUUACUAUCGAUACCGUUACCCAAAACGCUAAUGGCACAUACUCGGUCUACCGCGGUAAUAUCGACGUCGCCAACAAGACUCCCUACGAAGGUACUAUCUUCGACGCCGCCAAUUUCGACGGCAGUGGAAUGCCUAUCCCAGCCGCCAACUUCGACACUGCUAUCGAGUCCGGCGACGUCGCUCUUUUCUGGUACGGCCCCAACGGCUGGGCCAUGAAACGCGCUCAAGAAAUUCUCGGAAUCUUUAUCGACGGUGCUGACCACACUGACUACGACGUCGGUGGUGUCGUCUACGAAGAUGCUAUGCGUUUCUCCCGCGACAACCUACCCAUUUCCAACCGACCCGGUGAAUUCACCGACGCCCAAAAAUUCUUCGGAUUGACCAACGACACGGCCGCGGGUCUCAACGUUAGCCUCUGGCUCGUGCCCGUCACCAAUGCCUCAGACUUUGGAGGUCCCGUUGGUAUGACGAGCGCCGGCAACUCAGGCGCCUUCCUUACCCGGGCCAUUGCCCAGGCCAAAGCCGAACUCGCCAACGUAACGGUCAGUGCCGAUGGCUCUGAUGUUUCCUCUACCAAGCAAUGGGUCACCCAGGCCGCCUACACCCAACUUGAUGAUGCCAUCACACGCGCCAGCUCAGCGCUUUCUUCUGCCAACAGCUCGGCCGUCCUGCUCGAUUACCAAACAUACCUUUUAUACUUGAACCUGUAUGGUGGCGCUGACGACAUUGGCGCCGUAUACGCCGGCUUCAACUACACUGGUUUUGAGACCGGGGAGCAGUUCGGGUCGGCUUAACUGCUUCAUGCCCGUAACAUCACCUCCGUUUCUCUCUGACUCUUGAUGGAAAGUGGCAAGAAUGGUUCUAUGAAAUGUAUAUAUCUGUAUAUAAUAUAAAAAUGCUUUUAGCA